GCCCUAUUUAUCACCCCAUUCCCAACUCUUCACUUCCUCUCUAUAAUCUCUUCACUCUUCACUUACUUCUCCACAAUAUUUUAUGUAUUUUCGUAACAAACCAAACCCAACAAAAACUUCUUCACUCUUAGUUUCUCAUGGCAUCAUCUCAGAACGUAGCCAGCAUUGAGCCAUGGAUGCUUCGCCCACCUGUCACCGAUUCAUGGCUCGCAGAGUUCUUCGCUCGCGACGCCGAUACCCUAACCAGGGCUCUUCAGAAGUCUCUCUCCGGCGCUGUUCUGCCGCAGGACAACCACCUUUCUCCGUUUCUGCACCAGCCCGCCGCCGCCGCCGCCACCCCCACCGUGUCCAGCCUCUCCGGCUCCGAUCAGGAGUCGGCGCCGCGCCGCCGUGCGGCGCCUCCGCCCUCUGGGAAGAUCUCCAAGAGGAAGUCGCGCGCCUCGAAGCGCUCGCAGACGACGUUCAUCACCGCGGACCCCGCCAACUUCCGGCAGAUGGUCCAGCAGGUUACCGGCGUGCGGUUCGGCGGCGCGCCAAUUGCGCCGGCGGCGGUGGUGAAGCCCGAGCCGCAGCGCGCCUCGGGCCUCGCCAGGUUCCCCGCCGGCGUGGGGUGCCUUCCGACGCUCGACACGUCGGCCUUCCUGCUGGACCAUCACCAGCAGCAGGUGGUGCCCGCCUCUGUUAACUCUGGGCCCGGCACCGGGCUUUCUGGGCCCGGCCCACUCCCCUUCGCCCAACCCCUCCUUGACGCUCACGCUGCUUCCUUCGCUUCCUCAGGGUUAGAUUUUGACACCUUCUCCAACUUCCCCACUCUCGAGUCGUGGAAAGUCAUGUGAGAGAAAAAAAAAAUAUUGAGAAUUUGAGAUGAGAUAGAUUCGCUGAAAAUUUUCUUUUGGCUUUUUCCCUUUUUGCCCCUCUCGUGGGUUAAUGAAUCUGGACGGGGGAAGUUAGCUAGCUAGGCUGAUCUUAUGUAAAUUUGGGAAGGGAAAAUGGAUAUGAAACUAGUAUCUUUUUUUUUUUUUCUUUAUGUAAUUUCUGUUACAUAGUUCCUUUAUUAUUAUUAUUACUAUGACGGGGUGUAAUGGAAUGGAGAUAAUGAGAGCUUUGUUUAGUUUAAUUAACCAAAUUAAUGAAAUUCUAAGUUAUCUAUGAA